AUGGCCGGUAAGGACAAGAAGAAGCAGAGCCUUCGCACAACCGUGGAAGAUGUCCCCGACCGAGCCGAGGAAAGAAAGGCAUCUACAGCCAUCGACUCUCCGAUAGAGCUCCGCAAGAAUGCCUCACCACCACGACCACCGCCAUUACGAGUGCGUCCGCCACCUCUGGACAUACCAAUCACAAAACCACCAUCCCUCAUUCCUGGCCUGCCGUCAGCCACGAAUAAAAGCCCCGUCCGCUACUUCCUCAACACGCCAUCGCUACCACCACCAAAACAGCCAAAAUUCAUCGACAAAUACGUCAUGCUGCACUUCAAUCGCAUAGCACUGGUCGACAUUCUGGACCGCGACGCCAAGACCCGUUCAGCGUUCUGGGUCAACCGUGUACUGAUAAGAAAUCCCGAAGCCUACCUCAACCCGGCGGAUGUAUGGGCCGUAUAUGGAGCUUCCUUCAUCUUUCACAAGAAAUUGGGUCUGUUGCAGAAGGAUGAGUUCAUCGAGCUAGUGUACAAGCUGUUUGCUGCCAAGGGCAUCCAGCGCAAGGAGUUGACUGAUGCUCUACCGUACGAUACGCCUCCCGAGAAAGUCGUCGAUAUCCUUGCCACCCAGCAGUUGGCCGUGAAAGUCAGGUUCGAGAAUCCAGAUGCUGGUCAACCACCGCUUGUUUACGAUUUCGACGAUCACAUUCGCAAGCCGUUCACGGUCGAUGAUCGGACGGUCAAGGACUGCGUUGGGCUAUGGCUGUAUCCGGAGCCAAUGCGCACACAGCUAUGGCUGGAAAUGCUGUUCGAGGAAGGCGCGAAUGAAGAAGUUGAGGAGAGCACGCUCUGGGCCAUGUACGGAGUCACAUUCAACAAGAGUCCCAUGCGCCAUGUUGACCAGGACGUCUUCAUUGACCUCAUCCAGGAGAGCUUUCCAAAAAGCGAUAGAGCGAAUGUCGCGCCGGACACGUGGGUGAUCUAUGGAAUCAGGCCACGUGAGAAAGUAUUGAGUCUCAAAGCGAUCGAGCGCAUAGUCAUGCGGAGUAGCCGCCGUCACUCCAAGGAGCAUACCCUCACCCGCCUGCAGCGCUUCCACGACCGUGGCGACCUCGUACUCCGCAAUACGCCUACUUCAGCUCUGAAUACCUUCCAAGAGCAUCUGCUCAAAAAGCCCUUACUAAGUCUCACGGCUGGGAAAGUCUCGCCGUGGAUGCAAAGACUGGAAACGAGGAAUGCGGGUAAAGCUGUGGGAGGAGACCAGCCGGGGUGUCCGGGUUAUAGUUUGAGGGAGCUCGACCGGAUUAUCGGGAUGAGGAACCAUCGCAGGAAGAUUGCGGCGGCGAAGAAGGAGGCGGAGAGGCUUGUUGGGCAGGGUGAGGUCAAGGGGGAUGGGGCUGGGCUGUAG